CUGUUGAUGCAAUGUCCCAUCUUGUGCUCCAGGAGAUAGAGAUAGAGAUAGGUGACAUUAAUGCAUCCCUCGUCAUUUUUCUUAUGGAUAUCUCAUCCAGGGGGAGGUCGUAAGGGUCCGAAUGAUGCGGAUAAGAGGUACAACAACAGGUCGAAACUGUAUCGCGACAAGGCGUGGGCUCUCGACUGGGUCGGAGUGGCCGGCGAGUCCGGGUGCGGUGCUGCUGUGUUUUUUACGGAGGACGAAGGGGCGACCUGGUACUGUUGUGGUGGCAUCAUCAGGUCUGAAAUUGACAAGGCAACGGCGGAGAAGGGCAAGGUCGACGAGCGAGAAUUGAGGAAGUUCUUCCUCACUUCGGUGUACGAUCAGCAGGGUACUGACUGGGUCAAGACAAACCACAAGGUCAUCCUCGACCUCGCUCUGUUCAAGGGGUAUGGUCAGAAGGCAUUCGCUAUGAAAGCCUUCGGCGGCAAUCGAGAUGAGAAUGCCUUGAAGAUGCUCUUACCCAUUGAAUUCCUCAGCAAGACCAACGGGUCUAGGAAAAGUGGUCAAUUCCCGACGGUCGCCGCUGGUCACCAGCUCUCGUUACCUCUUGUCCCGUUCGAUGCUCCUGUCGAGAGUCUCGCAGGCUUAUCAACGUGCUCUAGCGAUCAGCGGCAGGUCUUGUCGACACCGCAACAACAUGCCGGCGGGAAGCAGAAAGUCAUUACUUACCAGAGGCGUUCGGGGAGUGGUCCAUCGGGAAACCUUCCGAAGAAGAAGGGGCUCGCCAGGCCUCCUUCGGAUCUUCCUGGAAGCUCGCGUUCUGGUGCCAUCUCGCGCUGGCGGGACACCGCUCAACUUGGAACGGACGAGGAGUCGGACGAAGAAACGGAAGAAGACGAACGGGGCGAAGGCUCUUGCGAUGUGAAUGUGGGGUGGGAAGCUGGUGGAGGUGCCGAAGCCCAGGUGAGGGACGAUGGGGAAUACGACGAGGAUGAAGGGGAGUGUGGUACUGGAGAGCGUCGAGAACAUGUCGGAGGAGGGGCAGACCAUAUGGAGUGGGAAAAGGUUGCGGUGGGCGGUGGCGUGGGCGGUGGUGCUGUGCGUGGUUCGGAAAUGGGAGACGACGAAUUGGAAGACGAAGUAGAAGACGAGGAUGCUUCCGCAAAGCUUGCUUCCAAGGGGAGGGGAAAACACACUGCACAAUCGUCACCGAAGCCUGCUGCGCCUAAGAAACAGGCUCGAAGAAAAGUUGUGGACGAAGCUCGGGUUGCCUUGGAUGCAUCUCAAGGGACGCUUGGUGGCGUCGAUCCGAAAUGCAAAUCAAGUGUUCGGAUUCACAAAACGUCACAACCCAAGAAACCCGUGCGGCCAUCAAGGCGUCAGAAAUCGGACGACUCCAGCGACGAUGCUGAAGGCGUGGCCCCUCGCUUGCUCUCCCUCCCUAACGACGAUGAGCAGGAGACGAAGAAAACCAGUGCAGUCAACAUGACGCAGUGCUUCUUCCUCGAGUACGACGACGACAACAAAAAGAGAAGAGACCCGCCUAGGGUGGUGAUUGACGUCGUGCAGAUUCUCCCAAUUCCGGCGGGAGAUAUAGCCUUCAACCAGCAAUCGUUGAACUUGGCCAUCGAUGCGGUAAUCGAGGCAUCAACUCAAGAUCGUCAUGCGGCAACUGUACAACUGGACGACGUAGAGGUGAUACCCGGGACUUGGAAACGUUAUCUCGUUGGGACGACUGUCAGCAAGUACGAAAACUUGCAAGCCGACUACAAAGACACGAUGAUGGUCGUCCUGCAUGCCGAGGGCGGCGACCUCAGGAAGGUCACGAGGAUCCCUAAGUCGGAGGCGGAGCUAGUGGAGCUUCACGUUGAGGAGGAGAAGUUCAAGAGGUGCACAACAAAGCACGGCAACGAUGAAGGAAACGAACGAGAGGAAUAUGGGCGGUGGGAACGACAUCCGACACGGAUGCAGAAGCUAUGUAGUUCAUUUCUGCACGAGGAUCAGGGGGGGAGGCAUCGCACUCUUCGAGGAAACACGAAACACAACAUGAUGGCAGACGACGAUGAGGAUGACUUGGCGGUUCCAGAUGCCCUUCCAAGGCUGAUGCCUGGUGAUGAUGAUCCCGAUCGCAUUGUGCAGUUCAGUGAACAGCCAUACUUCAUUGAAGACAAGGUGCCAGAAACGACGUCUGAGAAGUGGAGAUACCACAUUUUAUGGCACACAGACGUAUUCGAGCCAUGCAUUUUCAAAGGGGAGUGGAUGAUGUCAGUGCAUCUAACAUCAAGAUGGAAAGUCAAAGCCAGACUGGCAGAAGUACCGUGGCUGAAAGUGACGAAGAGCAAAAUCGUAUUCCGUCUCAAGUGUGAAAACGAUGGAGCGGACGAGGCAGCUAUUCAGGAGAAGGCUCAAUUGCUAUUCGAUUCUCUGCACGCCAGCAAUCAGCUGGAAUACAAACACAAGUUCUAUGAUUUGUCGUCAAGCAGGUCAUACAAGACCAUCGAUUGGAAGAUCAAACUUCCUGCAUGUCAAGGCAUCGAGACAAUCCAGUUGGGAUGCUCACAGCUUGGGGGCCAGUCGACGACACACUUUGCUGCCAGUGUCGGGGAAGCGAUGAGUCAAACUAAUGUCAAGAUAAUGAGGGUGGACAAGGGAACACGGAAUAUCGGUAAGAUCCUUCGAACGUUGCAUCGUACGGGCCUCCUCUAUUAACUCUGGCGGAAAACUAGAGUGCAUCGCAGAUGGAGAGCCCACUCCUUCCACAAACGUGGCAGUUUCAUAUUGAAUGCAACAAGGUGGGUAUGCAAAACAUGCGAGUGAGGUGCAAAAAGAUUUCGAUGAGAUGAUGAAACUAUUGAAUAAGGCGGAGAAGGAUGGGAAGAGGAAGCUUGAGGGAUCAACCACGUCCCAGACGGUGAUAAAUUGUAUAUCGUUAA